CUUCGGAACUGCUAAAGGAAGACGAAGACGAUCUUCAAAAACUGAUUGAUGGGAAAAACAUACAUGGGCAUGAAAAUGAAGGCAGUUAUGGAUACGAAGAUACGGAUGGAGACGAAGAUAAGAAUGGAGACGAAGAUAGGAAUGGAGACGAUGACAUGGAUGAAACCUCACAAAAUAUUUUAGAAGCACGAUCAAAGAUUGGGACCAAGCAUGGUAUCUUACAGAAAUUAUAUUGCAGAAAUGAAUUUGAUAUCUGCACACAAAAGUUUUUAUUGGAAGAAGAAGUAAACAGGAACAAUGAAAUUUCGUUAAGAACCGCAGCGAUAAAACAUUCAGUUGGAACAGGCCAAGGUUUCUUUAAGUGUAGUUGCACCAAGAAGUGUAUGUCGAAUCGAUGUCUUUGCAAGAAAAAUAACAUUCUCUGCAACUCGAAAUGCCAUAAUAGUUUGACAUGUAAUAACAAGUAAAUAAUAAAAAUUACUAAACAUGUUUGUAAUAUGUAAUGGUGUUUUCUUUAAUUACUAGUAAAAACGUUGAUUUUGUCAAAAGACUGGAUGUAGAC